AUGCCUGGUGAUUGGAAAGACCUGAAGCAUGGUCAUAGAUGGAGGAACUUGUACGAAUGUUGCAAGCCAAAGUAUGGUGGAAAAGUUAGGUAUCAAGACAAUAAGCACCUGCACCCGUACAACCUUAGAUGGCUCAACAACAAGAGGCAACUCAAAUUCAGCAAACAAGUCUUGGUGCCUUUUAAGAAUGGGCGGUAUGAGGAUGAAGUCAUGUACGACGUCUUACCCAUGGAGGCCGGACACAUUCUGUUGGGAAGACCGUGGCAGUAUAACCAUAAGGGGAUCCACGAUUGCUUUACUAACAAGCACUCAUUCAAACUCAAGGGCCGGAAAAUCAUCCUAGCUCCUUUAUCACCCCGCGAAGUUUACUUAGACCGAAUCCAACUUGAGAAAAGCAGCAAAGGAAAAUCCACUCAGAGCGAUCCCCCAAACACAUCACUUACAAAAAAUGAGAGUGAGAGUUCAAGUGAACCACCAAAAAAGGCCUUAAUCAAUAAACCCAUGAGAAGAGAGACUCUUUUCGUGAGACCGAUUAGCACCACUAAACUUGAGCCGGAGCUCCCGAGCAAUGUUUCUUUGGUUUUACAGGAGUACACUGAUGUUUUCCCAGAAUACAAUUCAGGAGGUCUACCACCAAUCCGAGGAAUUGAACACAAGAUAGACUUCAUACCCGGAGCGUCUCUCCCAAAUCGGUCUGCUUACCGAACCAACCCGGUGGAGACCAAGGAACUACAGCGCCAAGUAGAUGACCUAAUGGAGAAGGGUUACAUUAGGGAAAGCAUGAGCCCGUGUGCUGUACCUGUUCUAUUGGUUCCAAAAAAGAUGGGACCCGGAAAAUUUGCAUGGACUGCCGAGCAAUAA